CACCCAUACAGACUCCCAUCAGCAGGACCUUCAUGUGACUUUCUUUCCCUCUGGGGCUGGAGAGGAGCACAAGGAGACAGUCGGAGGGGGGAUCAGUCUAAAACUACAAACUUCCUCUCCCUGCACCCCCAAACCUGGAGCAUACCAAGUGGGUCUUGUACAAAAUCCUGGAUCUACCGCACUUUCUGGCUAAACCCUGAGAUAGAUAAGGCUCCCCAUGUACAGAGGGGCCCGGCCGCAGCUGUUUCACAUCCAAACUGAAGGCUGAAAACUUCUCAAGAACUCAAGAGAGAAUCCCAAAAUGGAUUACAGUUCAUUUAGCGGGGUGCCACGGUUCCUCACCAGGCCCAAGGCCUUCAUGAUGUCUGUGGGGAAAGAUUCCACCCUGAGCUGCCAGAUUAUAGGAAACCCAACUCCUGUAGUCACAUGGGAUAAGGACAAACUCCCAAUCAAAUCCGAAGGUCGUUUCAAAAUGAUUGAAGAUGGCAACCUGUAUCGACUCACUAUUUAUGAUCUACAAUUUGGAGACAGUGGUCAGUACAUUUGUCGGGCGAUCAACACCAUUGGUGAAGCCUUUGCAGCCAUCACCAUCAAAGUAGGGGAUGAAAAGGAAGGCACUGUUGCAGAAUGCGCACCCUUCUUUAUUUUGAAACCGAUCACCACAAAGAUUAAUCUAGGAGAAGAUGCCACAUUUCAGUGCAGGGUCCAAGGCAAUCCCCCACCCGCAGUGAAAUGGGAAAAGGACGGGAAAAUUCUUGGCAAAAGUUUUGACUCAAAUCGCAUUCGGAUUAUAGAUAAUGGAGAGUCCAGCUCUAUAAAGAUAAACUGCAUAAGGUUUUCAGACAGUGGAACGUAUUUAUGCCGGGCAGAGAAUCCUGUAGGCCAAGCCACUGCUUCCGCAUCAUUGUUGAUUGACUCCUUUUCCAACAGCACAUCUGCUCUGGAACCUACCUAUGCCAAAACAACUUCUCUCUUAUCUCACCUUCAAAAACGACGGGAAGAAAUGAGGAAAUCAGACACAUCAGUCAUUAGUACUGUUGACACCAAUGCUAAUUCGUAUGGAGCUGUGGAUCCAGUAUCCAGCCUGGGCUUUAGCUUGAGUCUUGACUAUGAAAGAGCUGCUUCUCUCACACCAAAAAUAAGUCGUGAUGGAACAUUUGGUGUUCUUACCCGUACUUGCACAGUAACUGAAGGAAAGCACGCCAAAAUGAGUUGCUAUGUAACCGGGGAGCCCAAACCUGAAAUUGUCUGGAAGAAGGAUGGCGACAUUAUUUCAGAGGGACGGAGGCAUGUCAUUUAUGAGGAUGAGCAAGAGAACUUUGUAUUGAAAAUUUUAUUCUGCAAGCAAAUCGACAAUGGCUUGUACACCUGCAGAGCCUCUAAUCUGGCGGGACAGACCUACAGCUCAGUGCUGGUUAUAGUAAAUGAACCUAGAAUCCCUUUCAAAACAAAACUGAGAGAUGUGGAGGUCAGAGAGAAAGAAUCAGCCACCUUCCAAUGCGAGGUUCCAAGCGCCAUCACAGAAUCAUCUUGGUACAAGGAGGAAACCCAGAUCGAGCAAAGUUCCAAGUACAAUAUUGAAGAGGAGGGAUCCAUCAGAAGGCUCACCAUACAGAAUGUCACCGCUGAUGAUGAUGCCGUGUAUAUCUGUGAAAUGAAGGAAGGCAGCAGGACAAUUGCUGAGCUCUCUGUUCAAGGUAACAUCAUCAAAAAGCUUCCAAGAAGGACAGCAGUUCCGAUCAGUGAUACAGCCAUGUUCUGCGUGGAGCUGGAUAAUGAAUGCCAGAAAAUCAAAUGGUUAAACAAUGGUCAAGAAGUAAAACCCGGAGGACGGAUUUCCAUCAGUUCCUCACGCAAACAGCACACUAUGACCAUCCGCGAAUGCCAGAAUAGCGAUGCCGGAGAGAUAACCUUCAUAGCCGAUGAGUGUAGAACGUCCACCAAGUUCACUGUCACCUGUUUACGGAAACCCCCUUCUAAUGCGCCCACUAACCCCAUGGUGAAGGAUAAAACAGAAACAUCAGUUACAUUAGUCUGGUCCCCUCCCCCAAUGGAUAGACCCGUGCCCAUUGAUGGGUACAUCGUAGAACGUAAGAAACUUGGAGCCACCGCCUGGCUAAGAUGCCACGAAUCAACCAAUGUGCCUGUUCCGCAGUUCACCAUCAACAAUGUUUUUGAUGAAGGAAGCUAUCAUUUCCGUGUCAGUGCUGUGAACACCUAUGGGCAGAGCCCUUACCUUGAGUUCCCAGGAACUCUGCAUCUUGAACCCGUACCUUCUGUUAAAACUCCUUUAAGGCCUGCGGAAGUCACUUUGGGUGGUGAGGCAACAUUUACAAUUGACCUAAGCACUGUAUCUUCAGGCGUCUGGCUGAUCAAUGGAAAAAUAAUUCAGAACAGUGAGCGAUACACUAUAAGGCGGGUGAAAAAUACUCACACUCUUAUUAUUCAGAGCAUCACCCAAGCUGACCAUGAAACGGAAGUGAAAUUCAACAGUAAUGGGAUCGAAAGCAGUGCUAAGCUCAUGGUGAAAGCUCUUCCUCAGUUCACCAACUCCAAGAAGAUCAAUGAUGUAAAGGUGGUCGCUGGAGAGCAGGCAGAGCUCAUCUCAGAGACUUCAGAGGAGAACGUGAAGGUUCUGUGGUACAAAGACAACAAAGAGAUCCGACAAUCCAAAAAGUUUUCACUGGAAGUUAAAGGGAAACAGCACAAACUGCUUGUCACUGCUGUCAAGAAGGAAGACGAGGGGACAUACUCUUGCAAGACUGCCGAUGACUCUGUUGGUUUCACUUUAAAAGUUACAGAACAUGAGCCAGUGUUUAUGAACCAAGACAAAGUACAGAAGGAAUUUCAAGCCACACUGACAGAGAGUGUCACCCUCAAAUGUGAGGUGUCCCAGUCCAAAACUGAGGUGAAGUGGUAUAAGGAGGGCAAACUUAUCAGCUCCAGCAAGAGAGUGAGGAUGGAGUCUGAGGGCAAAUCCCGUCGCUUGGUGGUGGAGCAGUUGGAGAAGAAAGAUGCUGGAGAGUACAGCUGUGAGGCUGCUGGAGAGAAGAUUAACUUCAGAAUCAAAGUUAUUGAGCCUGAGCCAGCAUUUAGCAACUUGGAGAAAGUGCAGAAGGAGGUUCAGGCCACCCUGAAUGAGAGUGCCACCCUGAGCUGUGAGGUGUCCCAGGCCAAGACUGAAGUAAAAUGGUACAAGGAAGGCAAAGUGAUCACCUCAAGCAAGAAAAUGAGGGUAGAGUCUAAGGGCAAAUCUCGCUGCCUGGUGGUGGAGAAAGUAGAGAAACAAGAUGCCGGAGAGUACAGCUGUGAGGCUGCCGGCCAGAAGAUCAAUUUUAAGAUUAAUGUUAAAGAACAUGAGCCGGCAUUCACCAAUACAGACAAGAUACAGAAAGAGGUUCAGGUCACCCUGAAUGAGAGUGCCACCAUGAGUUGUGAGGUGUCCCAGGCCAAGACUGAAGUAAAAUGGUACAAGGAAGGGAAACUGAUCACCUCCAGCAAGAAAAUGAGGGUAGAGUCUAAGGGCAAAUCUCGUUGCCUGGUGGUGGAGAAAGUAGAGAAACAAGAUGCCGGAGAGUACAGCUGUGAGGCUGCCGGCCAGAAGAUCAAUUUUAAGAUUAAUGUUAAAGAACAUGAGCCGGCAUUCACCAAUACAGACAAGAUACAGAAGGAGGUUCAGGCCACCCUAAAUGAAAAUGCCACCAUGAGUUGUGAGGUGUCCCAGGCCAAGACUGAGGUGAAGUGGUACAAGGAAGGGAAACUGAUAACCUCCAGCAAGAGAGUCAGGGUGGAGUCUGAAGGGAAAUCUCGCCGCCUGGUGGUGGAGAAAGUGGAGAAACAAGAUGUUGGAGAAUACAGCUGUGAGGCUGCCGGGCAGAAGAUCAAUUUUAAAGUUACAGUAAAAGAAUCUGAACCAGCAUUCACCAACCAAGAUAAGGUACAGAAGGAGGUUCAGGCCACCCUGACAGAAAGUGCCACCCUGAGCUGUGAGGUGUCCCAGGCCAAGACUGAAGUAAAAUGGUACAAGGAAGGCAAAGUGAUCACCUCAAGCAAGAAAAUGAGGGUAGAGUCUAAGGGCAAAUCUCGCAGCCUGGUGGUGGAGAAAGUGGAGAAACAAGAUGCCGGAGAGUACAGCUGUGAGGCUGCCUGCCAGAAGAUCAAUUUUAAGAUUAAUGUUAAAGAACCUGAGCCGGCAUUCACCAAUACAGACAAGAUACAGAAGGAGGUUCAGGCCACCCUAAAUGAAAAUGCCACCAUGAGUUGUGAGGUGUCCCAGGCCAAGACUGAGGUGAAGUGGUACAAGGAAGGGAAACUGAUAACCUCCAGCAAGAGAGUCAGGGUGGAGUCUGAAGGGAAAUCUCGCCGCCUUGUGGUGGAAAAAGUGGAGAAACAAGAUGCUGGAGAAUACAGCUGUGAGGCUGCCGGGCAGAAGAUCAAUUUUAAGGUUACAGUAAAAGAACCUGAGCCAGUGUUCACCAACCAAGAUAAGGUACAGAAGGAGGUUCAGGCCAACCUGACAGAAAGUGCCACCCUGAGCUGUGAGGUGUCCCAGGCCAAGACUGAAGUGAAGUGGUACAAGGAGGGGAAACUCAUCACCUCCAGCAAGAGAGUCAGGGUGGAGUCUCAGGGCAAAUCUCGCCGUCUGGUGGUGGAGAAAGUUGAGAAACAAGAUGCUGGAGAAUACAGCUGUGAGGCUGCUGGGCAGAAGAUCAGUUUUAAGAUCAAUGUCAAAGAGCCAGAACCAGUGUUCGCUAACCAGGAGAAGGUGCAGAAAGAAGUUCAGGCCACCUUAACAGAAACUGCCACCCUGAGCUGUGAAGUGUCCAAGACAAAGACGGAGGUGAAGUGGUUCAAGGAUGGGAAACAAAUCACCGCCAGCAAGAAAAUUAAAGUGGUGUCUGAGGGCAAGUCCCGCCGACUGGUGGUGGAGCAGUUGGAGAAGAAAGAUGCUGGACUGUACAGUUGUGAGGCUGCCGGGCAGAAGAUCAGUUUCAGGAUAAAUGUCAAAGAGCAAGAGAUAGUGUUCACCAACCAGGAGAAAGUACAGAAGGAAGUUCAGGCCACCCUUACAGAGAGUGUCAACCUAAGCUGUGAAGUGUCCCAGGCCAAGACCGAAGUGAAGUGGUAUAAGGAUGGGAAACAAAUCACCACCAGCAAGAAAUUUAAGGUGGUGUCUGAAGGCAAGUCUCGUCAGCUGGUGGUGGAACAGAUGGAGAAGAAAGAUGCUGGGGAGUACAGCUGUGAGGCUGCUGGGCAGAAGAUCAGCUUCAAGAUCACCGUCAAAGAUUCUGAGCUGGCAUUUAUCAACAAAGAGAAGAUACAAAAGGAGGUUCAGGCCACCUUAAAUGAGAGUGCCACCGUUUGCUGUGAGGUGUCCCAAGAUAAGACUGAAGUGAAGUGGUACAAAGAUGGGAAACUCAUCACCUCUAGCAAGAGAGUAAGGCUGGAGUCUGAGGGCAAAUCUCGCCGCCUGGUGCUGGAGAAAACGGAGAAACAAGAUGCGGGAGAAUACAGCUGUGAGGCUGCCGGACAGAAAAUCAAUUUCAAGAUCAAAGUCAAAGAACCUGAGCCAGUGUUCACCAACCAAGAGAAGGUACAGAAGGAUAUUCAGGCCACCCUGACAGAGAGUUCUACUCUGAGUUGUGAAGUGUCCCAGGCCAAGACUGAGGUGAAGUGGUACAAAGAUGGGAAACUCAUCACAUCCAGCAAGAGAGUCAGGGUGGAGUCUGAGGGUAAAUCUCGUCGCCUGGUGGUGGAGAAAGUGGAGAAACAAGAUGCUGGAGAGUACAGCUGUGAGGCUGCCGGGCAGAAGAUCAAUUUCAAGAUCAAUACUGUUGAAGCACAAGCCAAAUUCUUGAAGAAGCCAUCAAAGCAAGAGCCAAUCCUUGUCCAAGAGGAUGAAGACAUUAUACUGAAGACCUCUGUCCAACCAGAAAAUACUGAGGUCAGAUGGUUUAAGGAUGGAAAGGAGUUGACGGCAACAAAGAAGUACCAAAUAUCUGCUGAAGGGGCCACAAGAACUUUAGUAGUAAAGGUGGCAGAGAGCAAAGACAGUGCAAGUUACUCCUGCACAACAAAAAGUGACAAACAGGAAUUUAAAGUUCAGGUUAAAGAAAUUCCCCAGAAGUUUCAGAAGAAACUAGAAGCUGUCUGUGGGGAAAUAGGAAGCAACAUCACUCUGACCUGUGAGCUGAGCCAGGCCAAAGUAGAUGUGAUCUGGCGCAAGAACGGGCAGGAAAUUAAAGCUGGAAAACAUUUUGCGAUCAGAAGCGACGGGGCCAAGCGCAUAUUGACCAUCUCAGGGCUCAAGGCAGAUGAUGAAGGAGAGUACUCAUGUGAAUCCAGAGAUGACAAGACCAUCACCCAACUGACAACCAAAGCACCAAGAGUAGUGAAGUUCACUGGAGAACUCAGCAAUGCAGUAAUGGAAGAGGGGGGUGAAGCCACCCUGAAAUGUACCAUCUCCUUGGACGAUGCAGUGGUGACUUGGUAUCGAAAUGGGGUCAAGAUUGAAAGCAACAAAAAAUACACCAUCAAUAAGAAAGGCACAAACCACAGUCUAACGAUCAAGGAGCUGGUCCUGCAAGAUGCAGGAGAGAUUAUGGCAGAGUCAGAAGGGAUACAGACUAAGGCAUCUCUCAAGGUCCGAGAAAAACCACUGACUUUCAAGAAAAAGCUGGAAGCUAUCACUGUCGAGGAAAGACAAACCGUCCGGUUUGAAGUCGAAGUCUCUAAGGCCACCAAGGAAGUGAAAUGGAUGAAAAACAGCAUUGUCCUGCAGCCCUCUGAGAACAUAGAGAUCCAGUCUGAAGGAACUAAGCAGAUCCUUAUCCUUAAGAAUGUCACGUACACUGACCGAGGCCUGUACUGCUGUGAGACCCUGGAUGACAAGACACAGGCCAAGCUCAAUGUGGAAAUGCGUCAAGUGAAAGUUGCCAAAGGGCUGAAGGAUGUAGAAGUCCACGAGAAAGAUAGUGCCACUUUUGAGUUGGAGCUGUCCCAUGAAGAUGUGGAAGGAUUUUGGAUGAAAGACGGGAUCAAACUGAAACCGUCAGAUACAUGCAAAAUGACUUUCAAGGGAAAGAAGCACUCUCUAACCCUGUCUUCUCUGAAGAUGGAUGAUUCAGGUCCUGUGGUAUUUAAAUCAGAAGGACUGCAAUCUUCUGCCAAGCUCACUGUUAAAGAACCACCAGUAAAAAUCACACUACCUCUGAAAGACAUUAAAGCACCGGAGAAGGAAAAGGUGACAUUCGAAUGUGAGGUGUCUAGACCUAAUGCUGAAGUGAAAUGGUUCAAGGAUGGUUCUGGGUUAAAACCAAGCAAAAAAGUUGCCAUUAUUUCACAAGCCAAGAAAAGGAGUGUGACAAUUCACAAGUGUGAGCGUGAAGACCAAGGAACAUAUGUUUGUGAUGCAGGAGAAGACAAGACCUCUGCAUACCUGACUGUACAUGGUCGAGACAUCCAGAUCGUUAAACCGCUUGUGGAUGUGGAAGUGGUAGAAAAGGAGAGUGCAUCAUUUAUGUGCCAGAUUUCUCAUGAUGAGGUGCAAACCCAGUGGUAUAAAAAUGGCAUCAAACUGAAAGCAGGAGAGAAUGUAAAGAUGCGUCAAGAAGGAAGAACAUAUUCAUUGGUUUUCCAGAGUGUCCAGGCUGAGGAUGCAGCUGAAAUUAAAUUUGUGGCUGAAGCAUCUGAAUCUCGGGCAAAACUAAAAAUAAAAGAACUUCCCUUAAAAAUUGUGAAGCCCCUCCGUGAUAAGAUUGCUAUAGAGAAGCACAGGGCAUUCCUUGAGUGCCAAGUUUCAAGAGCUAGCGCAGAAGUGACUUGGUACAAAAAGAACAAGCAGAUUGCCCCGGGUGAUAAAUAUGAGAUUGUGAGCCAGGGGCUGUACAGAAAACUCAUCAUCAAUGAAGCAGAGUUUGAGGAUGAAGAUACCUACACAUGCGAUGCUGGAGAUGACAAGACUUCAGCUAAACUUCUGAUUGAAGAACAAUCAAUUAAUAUUGUGAAGGAACUGGCAGAUGUAGAAGUGACACAGCCUGAAUCUGCUACAUUUGAAUGUGUCACAUCGAUUGUGUCAGUGAAGCCCCCGAAAUGGUCCCUCGGUGGAGAAGUUCUUUGUGAUGGAAAAGGCAUCACCAUAGAACAAGAUGGAACCGUCCACCGACUGACAUUGAGAAAGACUUCUCCUGAGAUGUCUGGAGCUGUCCAGUUUCACAUUGGAAAGUCCAAGUCUUCUGCCAAACUUUUGGUUAAAGAAAUCCCCGUUCGGUUAACCCAACGUAUUGAGGAUAAGACUGCCAAUGAGCGCCAGACUGUGAUACUGUCCUGUGAAUUUAAGCCUCCUCCCAAAUUUGUGGAAUGGUUUAAAGAUAAAAGUCAAAUUGAACCAUCAGAGAGGUUCAAACUGAAGCUGGAGAGGAACAUGGCAGAGCUCAAAAUAUUACAGGUGACUCCAGAGGAUUCCGGAACAUAUACCUGCAAAGCUGGAGAUGCCGAGACAUCAGGAAACCUGAAUGUACAUGCCCGUGAUGUGAAAGUCCUGAAGCCCUUGAAGGAUGUAGAGGUUGAAGAAGAAAGCUGUGCUGUGUUCUCCUGUGAGUUGUCCCACGAUGAUGAGGAGGUGGAAUGGUUCCUGAACAACACCCUCCUAUACUCCAAUAAUUUCAAUGACAUUCAGAAAAUUGGGGCCACUCACACUCUUACGCUGAAACAGGUGGCCCCCGAGGACUCUGGAACAGUGAGUGUGAAGACUAAGAAACUCUCCUUCAGUGCACAGCUAAAGGUCAAAGAAAAAACAGCAGUUUUCAUGAAGUCCUUAGAUGAUGCUGUAGGUGAGGAACGAGGAAUGGUUACUUUAGGGUGUGAAGUCUCCAAGGCCAAGGUGAAACCAGUCUGGAAGAAAGAUAACCAAGUCCUACCCAAUGGAGACAAGUAUCAGCAGAUGCAGGCAGGAAAAACCGUGUGCUUGAUCAUCCAUGACCUUAACAAGUCUGAUGCAGGACUGUACAUCUGCGAUAUUGGAACAGAUACUGCAAAGUCCAAAAUCAGUGUUCAGGAGCUCAACAUUGGAAUCACUAAGCGUCUCAAGAGCUCGGAGGCUAAAGAAGGUGAGAGUUGUACCUUUGAGUGCAUUCUUUCUCACGAGAGCAUCGAUGAAUGUUCCUGGACAGUGAAUGGACAGAGUGUAGAAGGUGACCAACGUUUCAAUGUCUCUAAUAAGGGACGGAAAUAUGUACUUCAUAUAAAAGAAGUGAGAGCAAGAGAUGCUGGGGAAGUCAUAUUCACAGCUCGAAAUCUGAACUCCAAAGCAUCACUGACUAUUAAAGAAAAACCAUCUGAAAUAAUAAAACCAUUGGAAGAUAAAACCGUUCCAGUGGGAGAAGACGUUAUUUUGAAGUGUGAACUAUCUAAAGAAGACGCAAAUGUAAAAUGGUGCAAAGAUGGAAAAGUGCUGAAGAAAAGCCAAAAAUAUGAAUUUUUCCAGGAAGGAACUGAAACCCGAAUGACAAUCCAUGAAGUCACGUCAAAAGACUCUGGAGAGUAUACUUGUGAAACCAGCAUCUCCCAAACAAAAGCCAGCGUCCAAAUAAAAGAAAAACCCAACUGGUUCAAAAAGGAAUUGUCAGAUAUUAAUAUUGAAGAAGGAGAGUCUGCAGUUUUUAACUGUGAGACAGAGAAGAAGGCAUCCUCUGUAACCUGGAGAAAAGGGAUAAUGGAGAUCAAAUCAAGUGAAAAAUAUGAAAUAAGUCAAAAAGGCAAUGCCCUAAGCUUGCAGGUCAAUGACUUGGAGAAGAGUGACAGUGACCUCUAUGUAUGUGAUAUUAAGGACGCACAGACGAAGGCCAACCUCACUGUCAAAGCCCCACAAGCCUAUUUCAAACGGGAGCUACAGAGCACUGAAGCUGUGGAAGGGGAAACAGCCACCCUGUGGUGUGAACUGUCCAAUCCUGACGCUGAGGUAGAAUGGAGCAAAGAUGGAAAUGUGCUUAAAGCCAGCAAGAAGCAUGAAAUGCGAGUGAGAGACCACAGGGUGGAACUACUGAUUCACCAUUUAGUAGAGGAAGAUGCUGGAACCUAUAAAUGUGGAACUGGGGAAAGGACCUCCUCAGCAACUCUAACUGUGAAAGUUGAGCAAGUUUUGUUCAAACGAGGGCUCAGGAAUGAGAAAGCCAAAGAGGGAGGCAGCGUGAAGUUGCACUGUGAACUGAGCAAGGCAAGUGCGUCUGUUCGUUGGAUGAAGGGCAGCCAAGUCCUAGAGAAUGGAGAGAAGUACAACAUGAAGCUCGUCGGCACUGUGGCUGAGCUGUUUAUUUUGAAUGCAAAGACCGAAGAUUCUGGAGACUAUACUUGCGAUAUUGGAGACCAGAAGAGCACAGCCAAUGUGACAGUGACUGCCCUGCCCGUUCGCUUCAAACAAGACCUGAAAGAUGCUGAGAUUGAAGAAGGCUCCUCCGUGACGUUAUCUUGUGAAGUCACUAAGCCUGACGCCCCAGUCACGUGGAAAAAGGGCAUCACAACCCUUCAAGCCAAUGAGAAAUAUGAAUUUAGGCAAAAAGGAUGCCUAGUAGAUUUAAUUAUUCAUAAGGCAGGACCAGAGGAUUCUGGUACCUACACUUGUGAUACUGGAAACCAACAGACUUCUGCACGUGUUAAAGUUAAGGAACUGCCAGCCCUUUUCAAAGAAGAACUUAAACACCAGAAGGUCUCAGAAGGUGAAUGUGCUUCCCUGCGCUGCGAGCUCACAAAAGCCAAUGCCUCCGUUGAAUGGAAGAAAGAUCACAGAAUGAUAAAACAGAGCAAAAAGUAUAAGAUCCGUCAGGAAGGUGCAGUUUCCGAGCUAGAAAUACGUGACCUGGUAUUGGAGGAUUCAGGAGAUUAUAGUUGUGUGUGCGGGGACCACAAGUCUACAGCAACAGUGACAGUAGCUGCUUCCCCACCGCGUUUCAGUGAGGAACUAAGAGAUGAGAAGGCCACGGAAGGCCAACAGGCCACUCUUCAUUGUGAGUUAACUAAACCCGGAGCUGUCUUGGAAUGGACGAAAGGUCAAUCUUUUCUUAAACCUGGUGGGAAAUAUUCAAUGAGGCAAGAAGGUCUUUCUGCUGAGCUUUUAAUCAGCAAUCUUGAAGAACGUGAUUCGGGUGAUUACACAUGCGUGUGCGGGGAUCAGCAGACGACAGCAACCCUAACAGUGAAUGCUCUUCCGGUAUUCUUUAAAAAGAACCUGAGGGAUACAGUAGCUACAGAAGAAGAAAUGGUCACUCUUCACUGCGAACUCUCCAAACCAGCCACAAAGGUGGAAUGGAAGAAAGGUCACCGGCUGCUGAAGGGAAGUGACAAGUAUACAAUGAAACUUGAAGGCUUGGCUGCUGAGCUGAGUAUCAGUGACCUAAACGUGAAAGACAGCGGCGAAUACACAUGCGUUUGUGGAGACCAGGAGACCACAGCAAACCUAACAGUUAAUGCUCUGCCUAUCCUUUUCAAAGAAGAACUGAGCAAUAAAGAAAGCCCAGAAGGAGAAAAAGUUGCUCUAUGCUGUGUCUUGACAAAAGCUCCUGGCCAUGUUGAGUGGAGACAGGGUCACAAAGCUCUGAAAUCAAGUCCCAAAUAUGAAAUGAGAGUGGAUGGGGCUUCUGCAGAACUAAUAAUCCAUAAUUUGGAACUGAAAGACAUGGGAGAAUAUACAUGUGUGUGUGGUGAACAACAGACUACAGCUGUCUUAAUAGUGAAUGCCUUGCCUACUCACUUCAAACAUGGACUAAAGGAUGAGAACAUAAAAGAGGGCGACCGAGCUAUCCUGCACUGCGAGCUUAGCAAACCCGAUGUGACUGUGCAAUGGAGAAAGAAUAGUGAGGACUUGGUGACAUCUGAAAAGCACAUAUUGCGCCAGGAUGGUUCUAUUGCAGAAUUGGUGAUUCCUCAUCUAGAAGAAGAGGAUUCUGGGGUUUACACCUGUAUUUGUGGAGAUGUGAAGACCACGUCAACCUUAAGCGUUAUAGCUUUACCCCCACGUUUUAAAGAGGACCUUAAAAAUAAAGAAGCAGUUGAAGGAGACUCCGUCACACUGCGCUGUGAGCUGACCAAGUCUAAUGCUUCUGUCGGGUGGAGGAGAGGACAGGAAGCCCUCAGACCCAAUGACAAAUAUAAGAUGAGGCAGGAAGGCCUUGUGGCUGAGAUACUUAUAAGUCAGUUAGAUCUGCAGGAUUCUGGGAAAUACACUUGUUUUUGUGGAGAUCACGAAACAACAGCCAUGCUGACUGUGAAUGCUGUGCCACCACAAUUUAAAGAGGAACUCAGGAGCAAGGAAGCUGUUGAAGAGAGCUCAGUUGUGUUGACUUGCAAACUGACGAAGCCUAAUGCACUACUAGAGUGGAGGAGAGGACACAAGACUCUGAAGACAUGCGAUAAGUACAAAAUGAUACAGGAAGGUCUUGAGGCAGAGUUGGUCAUUAAUAAUUUGGACCUGAAAGAUGCCGGCGAGUAUACUUGUGUAUGUGGAGUUCACCAGACCACAGCUUCACUCACUGUGAAUGAAUUACCAGCCCUCUUUAAAGAAGAAAUCAAACAUGCAGAAGAAAGAGAAGGACAGAAGGCUGUCUUCCAUUGUAAGCUGACUAAGCCUAAUGCAAGAGUAGAGUGGAAGAAAGGUCAUGAAACUCUUCAACCUAGUGAUAAGCAUCAACUGAUGCAGGAUGGUGUCAUAGCGGAACUAACCAUCAGCAAACUGGAGUUAAAGGAUUCUGGGAAUUAUACAUGUGUGUGUGGAGAGGAGGCCACUACUGCUUCUUUAACAGUUACUGAGCUGCCUGCAGUCUUCAAUGCUGAUCUGAAAAAUGUUGAGGUCACUGAAGGGGUAACAGCCACGUUGCAUUGCGGGGUGACAAAGGCUUCUGCAUCAGUACAAUGGAUGAAAGGAAAUCAAGCUUUAAGAUCCAAUGAUAAGUAUCACAUGAAGCAAGAAGGUUGUGAGAUUGAGUUGCUAAUAUGUGAUACGGAUCUGGAUGAUGCUGACCAGUACACCUGCAUCUGUGGAGACCAGAAGACCUCUGCUAUUUUAACUGUGAAUGCUCUGCCUGUUGUUUUUAAAGAAGAGCUGAAGAACACAGAGGUCACAGAAAGUGAUACAGCGACUCUCCACUGUGCCCUCAGCAAACCCAAUGUUUUUGUUGAGUGGAAGAAAGGAACCCAAGUGCUGAGUCAGAGUCAGAAAUAUUCCUUCAGACAAGAAGGCUCAAGUGCUGAUCUUGUAAUCAACAACAUAGAUCCAAAAGAUGCGGGAGAAUACACGUGUACGUGUGGCGAUAAGAAGACUUCGGCUGUGGUGACGGUCAACGCCCUGCCAUGUGUAUUCACAAAGCCUCUGCAGAACACUGAGGCUGAGGAGGGUGACACAUUGACGUUGCGAUGUGAAGUGUCUAAGCCUAAUGUCUCAGUCGAAUGGAGAAAAGGAAGCCUAGGCCUUCAGCAGGGCAGCAAGUAUGAGAUCAGGCAGAAGGACUGUGUUGCAGAACUGAUAAUACACAACCUCAGGUUGGAAGACACAGGAGAGUACAGCUGUGAUACUGGGGACCAGGAAACAAGGGCCUAUCUAACAGUAAAAGCUCUGCCAGUGCUCUUCAAGAAACCACUAAAAGACACAACAGUAGAGGAAGGUGUCAACGUGACUCUUCGCUGUGAAACCACAAAACCAAAUGUCCCCAUUGAAUGGAGGAAGGGAACCAUUGGGCUCUUCCCAUGUGCUAAAUAUGAGAUGAGACAAGAAGGGGUUGCGGCUGAACUUGUGGUCUAUGACGUUGAAGCAGGAGAUGGGGAUGAAUAUACGUGUGAUACAGGAGACCAGCAGACCACCGCUACCAUCAAAGUCAGUGUGCUGCAAUUCUUGCAGAACUUGCAGAACAUGGAAGCUCAGGAAGGUGGGAAAGCUCGAUUCCGCUGUGAGGUAUCUUCAAAGAAGAAUUUAGUGGAAUGGAGAAAAGGAGCUCAGACACUUCAGGCGAGUUCCAAGUAUGAAAUGAAAGAACAAGAUGGAGUCAGAGAACUUAUAAUCCACAAUCUUGAGCUGGAAGAUGCUGGAGAGUACACCUGUCUGUCCCGGAGCAAGAAAUCUUCAGCAACUCUUAAAGUUAAUGAACUGGAUGUGACUAUUGUGAAGGGCCUGAAAGACGUGUCAGUAUUUGCAGCAGAAGAUGCCGUGUUUACGUGUGAACUGUCCCACCCUGAUGCCAAGGAUGUAGAGUGGAAGCUGCAGGGGAUCACUCUGGCGAACAACGAGAUGAAUGAAAUUUCGGUGGAGAAGGGCAAGAUCCACAGGCUGAAACUGAGCAGCGUGACACAGGAGGACACAGGCAGUAUCACCUUCAGGGUUGGACCAUACACAUCAACAGCAGAACUUACCGUGAAAGCCCCACUUCCAGUGUUUACCAAAAAUCUUCUGGAUAUACAAGUGGAAGAAGAUGGCUCAGUUGUCCUUGAAUGUGAACUCUCCCAGCCCAGUGUCCCAGUGGUGUGGAGGAAAGGCACAGAGCAGAUAUCUGCCAGUGCAAAGUUUGAUAUCAAGGAACUGGGAGCUGUUCACUCUUUGCAGAUCAAUAACCUCAAACCUGAAGACUCAGGCGUCUAUACAUGUGAUAUUGGACAUCAACAGACAAAAGCAAAAGUAACAGUCACAGCCCUCCCAGUGCAGAUAACAAAACCUCUGCAGAACGAGCAGGGAGAAGAAAACAAAUAUGUUAUUCUACGGGCUGAGGUCUCUAAAUCGAAUGCUCCAAUUCAGUGGAAGAAAGCUGGAGUUACUCUUCAACCAGGUUCUAAAUAUGAAAUGAAGCAGGCUGGUCAUGUGGUAGAACUUCAUAUACUCAAACUUCAGAUGUCUGAUGCUGGAGAAUAUACCUGUGAUACAGGGGACCAGAAAUCAGUGGCUAAUGUCUGUGUUAAAGAGCCAGAGCCGUUCAUUAUUGACCAUCUUCAGAACGUUUCUGUAGAAGAGGGGGAAGAUGCCAUCUUCAAAUGUAAAGUGUCCAAGGAAAAUGCCCCAGAUGUACAGUGGUGCUUAGCUGGUGUUCCACUGCAGUCCAAUGAAAUGAAUGAGAUUUCGUGCCAUAAAGGGAAAAUUCACACCUUAACACUAAAAAAGGUGUCAACACAAGAUACUGGGAUCGUCAGUUUUAGAGUAGGGCAGAAUACAACGUCGGCAGAGCUUAGCGUUACAGCUGUAGCCUUGACGUUUACCAAGAAGCUUCAGCCAGUUGAAGGAGAGGAACAAGGAGUGGCUGUGCUUCAAUGUGAGAUAUCCAAGGUCAAUGUUCCAGUGGAAUGGAGAAAGGGAUCCAAGAUUAUCAUACAUGGCGGGCGAUAUGAAAUCAGCAUGAAUGGAUCUGUCCACACCUUAUGCAUUAAGGACCUCACCUCGGAGGAUUCUGAGGAAUAUAGCUGUAGUGCCCAAAGUGAAGCAACAUCAGCCAGACUCCAAGUCAACCAACUACCUGUAACAUUCACCCAAGAGCUUCAGAAUGUUGAACCAGAGGAAGGAGGCACCGCUUCAUUGCAGUGCAAAGUAUCCAGAGCCGAUGCCCAUGUGGAAUGGAGGAAGGGAGCUCUUGUUCUACAAACCAGCGCUAAAUACGAAAUGAAGCAAAGUGGCUCCCUCGUUGAAUUGCUUAUUCACAACGUGGACCUAGAAGACUGUGGGCCCUACACAUGUAGUACUGACACCGCACAAACAACAGCCUCUGUUUUCGUUCAAGCCAAGAAUAAAGUGCUGCAAGAGCUGGAGAACAUCGAUGCCGUAGAGGGAGGUGAAGCACUUUUUGAGUGUUACUUGUCUAAGCCUGAGUGCUACAACUAUAACUGGCUGUUAGAUGAUGAACCUGCGAGGACAUCAGAAAACAUUGAGAUGAUUUAUUUUGAAAAUGGUCGUAGGCAUCUUCUUUUACUGAAAAACCUCACCUCUCAAGAGAGCUGCAGAGUAACCUUCAUAGCGGGCGCUGCUGUAACCUCAGCCUUUUUGAAUGUGCAAGGAUGGCGCUUGGAAGUUCUGAAGCCUCCUGUAGACACUGAAGUCAUUGCUGGUGGCCAGGCAACCUUUAGCUGUAUCCUAAGUGAAGCCAUUCCAGUAAAUGAGGUUGCCUGGUAUUUUAAUGGAGUAGAUAUCCAACCAGAUGAAAACUGGGCAAUGCAGGUAGAUGGAAAUGAGUACAAGUUAAUUCUUAAAGACGCUCAACUACAUCAUUCGGGAGAAGUGGCGUUUGCUUCAAGAGAUGUAGUGGCAUCAGCCAAGAUUUCUGUUCUUGAGCACCCUAUCACCAUAAAACACCAACUGGAAAACAAAAAUCUAAAGGAAGGUGAAACUAUUCGCCUUGAGUGUGAAUUCUCUAAAGAAACCCGGGACGUCAAAUGGAUGAAGGGAAGCGAAAUACUGACGUCGGGGGGAAAAUAUGAGUUUGUUUGUCAAGGACAAAAACAAGUUCUGAUUAUUCAUAAUAGUUCAUCAGAUGAUCAGGGCUCCUACACAUGUGCAACCUCAUCAGGAGACAAAACAACCGCCUCUGUUACUUUGGAAAAACAAAUAAUCACCGAAGUCAUGAGCAUACAAGAGAUUUUUGGUCUAGCACAAGAAAGAACUGAUAUCAAACAUGAAGAUGAAGAGAGCCAGCCAAGUCUCCCACCAGAGGCUGCUCAAGAAGGGGAUCUCCAUUUAUUAUGGGAAGCAUUAGCAAAGAAGCGGAGAAUGAGCAGAGAACCUACGCUGGAUUCCAUCUCUGAGUUGCCAGAAGAAGAAGAAAAGCGUAGGCAGAAAAAAGAAGCAGAAAGGCAUUCAGACUUUUCAGGGUACACGUCUGAUGAUUUGACUAAAACAAGUGAAGCUGAUUUUUCAGUAACAAGCUCGGACGAUGAAUCCCGAGCUGGAACUCCAUCUUUGGUGACUUAUCUUAAAAAAGCUGGCCACUCUACUGUCACACAUAGAUCCAAAGUCCACAAAGUGUCUGAAAGCAAAUUUUUUAAACACUUUGAGACCAAGGAAAUUGAGCGCAAGGAAAUCAAGGAACCCCCACAAGAACCUGAGAUUCCAGAUUUAUUUCAUGAUGAUGACCCCGCACUGGAUAAGGCGGCUGUGAAAAUUCAAGCUGCUUUUAAAGGAUACAAAGCGAGAAAGGUGAUCAAGCAACAAGAAUGUCCUUUAUUCGCGGAAACAUUUAAAGAUUUAUCGGUUGAACCAGGAGGAACAGUCCAUCUUGAAUGUGUAGCUAUCUGCAAAACUGACAUUACAGCUCGAUGGUUGAAAGACAAUAAAGAACUCUCUGAUGGCCGGCAUUAUCAUAUUGAUAAUUACCCUGAUGGAACCUGUUCCUUGAUUAUUACUGCUGUAGAAACUGCAGACACUGGCAUAUAUACAUGUGAAGCCUCUAACAAGUUUGGUGCAGUUUCACAUAGUGCUUCUUUGGUGGUUGGCAGUGGUUUACCCGAAGUUACUCUAAAACCAAAGCCGUUGAUUGUUAAGUAUGGAUCAGACAGUGAAACGGAGAGUACAACAGGAAGUGAUUUGGAUGAUGCUUUUAGAAAGGCAGGAAGAAGGCUUCAUAAGAUCUUUAAAUCCAAGACAUCCCUUGAAAUGUCUGAUGUUGAAGAAGAACUAUUUGUUAGUGCUGAUGAGGGUGACCUACCACCUGUAGACCAGCAAACCUACAGAGAGGAUGAUAAAUAUAUUUACAUCAAGUUUGAAGUCAUGUCAGAAGCAUCCUUUGCUGCUAAAAGAUUCAAAGAGAUGUUCUCUGCAAUGGGCAUCCCUGUCAAAAUAGAUAUUUUGGACCAAGGUGCAAAAAAUAUUGACUUACGGAUAAUGAAAGUAGAGACAGGAACCACUGAGCAGCAGAGAAUGGCGGCAAGACAUCAAAUGACCUUGUUGACUUCUGAUACUGCUCCCAUUUUUAUUACUGAACUACAGAACCAAGAGGUACAAGAUGGUUAUCCAGUCAGUUUUGAUUGUGUUGUUAUUGGAAGACCAAUGCCAUCAGUACGUUGGUUCAAAGAUGGUAAGGUGAUUGAAGAGGAUGACCAUUACAUGAUCAAUGAAGACCAAGAGGGAUGCCACCAACUUAUUAUAACUGCCGUAGUCCCCAAAGACAUGGGAGUCUACAGAUGUCUGGCAGAAAAUAGAAUGGGGGUAUCUUCAACCAAGGCUGAGCUGAGAGUGGACUUAACCAGCUCAGAUUACGACACAGCAGAGGCAACAGAAACAUCAUCUUAUUUCAGCGCACAGGGAUAUCUGUCCAGGGAACAGGAGGGCCUGGAAUCUGCCACAGAACAAGACCAGCUUCCUCAGAUUCUAGAAGAGCUACGAGACACAAUGGUUGCCCCAGGGACUCCACUUACCAAAUUUGAGAUAAAAGUGAAAGGUUACCCAAGGCCUCGAGUCUACUGGUUUAAAGAUGGUCAACCCAUCCAUGCCUCUGACAGAAUACUAAUGACUGACAAAAAGAAACUGCAUUCACUGGAAAUUCUGAAUGUGACAAAGGAAGACGCUGGGGAGUAUUCAACUUACAUCAGUAAUUCAGCUGGUUCUGCUUACUCAUCUGCAAGACUUUCUGUCAAAGGGCCAGAUGAGCUACAGAAAGACAAGCCAAUGGAAGAUGCAGUAGAUGGAGAGAAGCCAGUACCACCAAGGUUCUUGGAAAGAUUCACAAACAAAAAAGUAUUGAAAGGAGCCAGCAUAACCUUGUCUGUGAAAGUUGAAGGAAUUCCUCCUCCAACAAUCACCUGGUUGAAGGAAGACUCUCCUGAAGAUGUACUUUGGAUCAAACCAGACACUCCUGGGUACAAAAUGGCCAGUUCAAACAGGCACCACAGUCUGAUCUUACUGGAUGUUGGCACAGAAUUUUCUGGGACUUACACCUGUAUUGCAACAAACAAGGUGGGGCAGUCGAUCUGCACAGCCUCUGUGGAGAUUGCAGAAGCUAAAGAAGCCAAGAUUCUGAAAGAAGCAGACAAAUUAGUGAAAGAAAUGUUGGGUCGAACAUCACUUCCAGGGUUUGAAGAGGGCAGGGAGACAGAAUCUGGAGUGAUUGGCAUCUCCGUGCAACCGCCUGAGGAUAGUGGAGAGGUGUCCAAGCCCCAUAUUUCACUGACAGAUGUUGGGACAGAGGAAUUCUUCCAGAAACUGACAUCCCAUAUUACAGAAAUGGUGUCUGCAAAGAUAAGUCAAGCCUCACUUCGUGUCCCUGGAACGACGGGGAUGGAUAGUGAUGAUGAAACGAAGACCCCUUCAGCAUCCCCACGCCACGGAAGGUCCAGGCCUUCCUCUAUUGCUGUUGAGUCUUCCUCAGAGUCAGAAGAUGGCGACUCUAGAGGAGAGAUAUUUGACAUCUACAUGGCGUCUGCGGAUUAUAACCCAAUUGUCGCAGAUAAGGAAUCCAUAACCUUGAAAGAGGGUCAGUAUGUGGAGGUUCUAGACUCUGCACAUCCCCUCAAAUGGAUGGUCCGAACGAAGCCAACCAAGUUCAGUGCGUCCAGGCAAGGUUGGGUCUCACCAGCUUACUUGGAUAAGAGACUGAAGCUGUCUACUGAGUGGACUGCAGGAGAAGCACCGGAACUUUCUGGAGUGUGUGUAUCAGAAGAGGAGUACAAGAAGAAGCUCAGCAUUCUGAUCCAGGAGCUGCUAAACACAGAGAAGGAGUACGUGAAGGAGCUACAGUUUUUGGAGAACCAUCACCUACAUCACACUGAGCACUGGCCCGAUAUCCCAGAGAGCGUUGCUAGCCAAAAAUCUACCAUCUUCAGGAACAUCAGCGACAUUGGCAAUUUUCACUCAAGCAUUUUCUUUCCUGAGCUGAAGAAAUGUGACACAGACGAUGACAUUGCCAUGUCCUUCAUAAAGAACGAGGACGAAUUCAACAAGUAUAUCAUGUUCCUGGUUGGCCGCGUCCAGGCCGAGUCUGUUGUACUCAGUGAUUCUAUCCAGGAGUUCUACAAGAACUAUUCAGAAGAAAGACUGGCACUGUCAGAUCCAUCCAAGCCCCCAGUGCCUCCUCUGCAACAUUAUCUGGAAAUGCCCAUAAACAGGAUCCAGAGAUAUCAAGUCAUUAUUAAGGAACUCAUCCGGAACAAAGCAAGAAAUGGGAAGAAUUGUGCAUUGCUGGAACAGGCCUAUGCCAUUGUAUCUGCUCUUACUCGGCGGGCAGAGAACUUUUUGCAUGUGUCCAUGAUCGAAAACUACCCUGGAACACUAGAGGUCUUGGGUGAACCUAUCCGUCAGGGUCAUUUCAUUGUUUGGGAAGGAGCUCCAGGAGCUCGAAUGGCCUGGAAGGGUCACAACCGUCAUGUAUUUCUGUUCAAAAACUACUUGAUCAUCUGCAAACCCAAGCGGGACACAAAGACAGACACUUAUAGCUACGUGUUCAAGAACAUGAUGAAGCUGACAAAUAUAGACAUCAAUGAUCAGAUAGAAGGAGACGACAGAGCUUUUGAGGUAUGGCAUGAACGGGAAGACUCAGUCCGGAAAUACCUGCUGCAAGCUCGAACCGUCAUCAUUAAAAACUCCUGGGUGAAGGAAAUCUGUGGCAUACAAGAGCGCUUUAGUAUGCCAGUCUGGAAUCCUCCGAAAUUCAUCGAAAUUUUAGCAGACUGCACAGCCGAAUUGGGAGAAACUGUCAAGCUGGCGUGCCGUGUAACAGGGACACCUAAACCAGUUGUUGCCUGGUAUAAAGAUGGCAGACCUGUGGAAGCUGAUCCCCAUCACAUCAUUAUUGAGGACCCUGAUGGCUCCUGCACAUUGAUUCUGGAUAACAUGACUGGUGCGGACUCAGGGCAGUACAUGUGCUUUGCAGCCAGCCCAGCCGGAAACGCCAGCACUUUAGGGAAGAUUCUUGUUCAAGUGCCCCCAAGGUUUGUCAAUAAGCUUCGAAAUGCUCACUUUGUGGAUGGUGAGGAUUCCCAAUUCACAUGCACCAUUGAAGGAGCUCCCUACCCACAGAUAAGGUGGUACAGAGAAGGGAAACUACUGUCAGAAUCUGCUAAACACCAGACAUUCACUGAACCGAGAAGUGGAGUGUUAGUGCUCGUGGUCAAGAAUGCGACCAACGAUGACCUAGGCUAUUACGAAUGUGAGUUGGUGAACAGACUCGGAUCAGCUCGUAGUGGAGCAGAACUGAGCCCAAUGACCCCGGCUCUACUUGCCCAAGAAAGGAGAGGAGACCAGACCAUAACUAUUGAAGUUACCGAGCAGGAGACUAAAGUGCCCAAGAAAACCAUCAUCAUAGAGGAGACAAUAACGACAGUGGUGAAAAGUCCAAGAAUGAGGCGCAGACCUGGAUUUUCUCCUUCACGUCCUGCCUCUGCAUCCCCCUCAAGGCAACCAAGAUCUGAAAUGUCAACACCUGAACCCCACUUUGUAACCAGAGCCAAACAGUUUGUUCAUAGGCCCGAACAAGAAAUCAGAAAGACUGUGCUCCCAACUCUCUUUGUGACAGAACCAGAAGAUGAGCGAGGGUCACAUUCAAGAGUGGAAGAACAAAAGCCCAGGUACUUUGAAGUUGAGGAAAUUAUUGAAUUUAAGGUAAAAAAAUCUCCGCUGCCACCUAGAAAAAGAGGAACAUCGCCAGCCAAACCAGAGAAAGAUGAUUUCAGUGGAAGGAAGUUUACACGACCAAGACGUUCCCCUCAUGAUGAUCCCAACACAAACAACUCUAAUAACAAAUCAUUGGAAGAAUCAAACUCUUCACUUUCUUCUUGUGGUUUAUCGGAUACUGAUAUCACGUCAAUGGAUUAUGGACUUAUAGAGGAGGACUCCUAUUUAGAUGAUAACUUACAUUUACAGUGUGUUUCAGAAGAGGACAAUGACUCCUUCUCAAAUGAUAUCACUGCUGCCAAUGGAUAUUCUGCUGUACAGCACAGAAAUAGUCCUACUCAGACAGAAACCAAAGUAGAACUAAGUGUUUCAAAUGAAAUAGAAAGUUCAGCAUUAGGUACGAAAGAAAAUGUUUCUGAAUUACAAAAUUCAGAGCAAGAGAUGCCCUUUGAAGUAGAAGAUGUCAUUGUUGAAGAGCCACCAGAAGAAGAGGAAGACAAUGAGUUGAAAAACAGAGAUAAAAAAAUUCUCACUUGCGAUGGGAAAGUUCUAACAUUUGAGGACCUUGAAGACUAUGUUCCAGGCCAAGGAGAGACCUAUGGAUGUGGUGAAAAUGACUCAUAUAUAUCCAAAGAUGAACCAUGCGAAAUCUCUGUCUUACAGGCUGAAAUUAAUGAGCCAACAAUCGGCAAGCCAGUGUUGUUAAAUGUGGGAAGACCUGUGGUACCAAAACCAAGGCAAAGCUUUUUUCACAACUUUAAAGAAAACAUUACUGGAGGAAUAUUUAUGGCAGCAUCAAGGAUGAGCAGAAUGAAUUUAAUGGGAUCCUCAAAUGUUUCUUUCAGUAUGAACGAAACCUCUAUGGCUGGGGCUAGUGUGAGUUCUCCAUCGUCUGCAUUGCCUUCAUUCAACAUUAAACCUUCCUACUGCACCGAAGUCCAACGUUCUGUAGACAAUGGACCACCAAGCUUUAAAACAGAGGUUUCUACCAGGACCUUGAGCUAUGGAACUCUUGGAGAAACUGUGACAUUGCAUAUUAGUAAAAAGGAUCCUUCUAAUUGUUAAGGCAGGAGAUGGUGCACAAAAAGGAGGGAUAUAUGCUAUUGCAGUCUUAAAGGGAACACUAUUGAAUUUACAUUAAAUACAUCAAAUAUCAUUAUAAAAGUGUCAUUCCAUAGUAAAACUAUGAUGAGUUAGCAGGUAAUAAGCUUAACAACAUCUUACACCGUUUGCUCGUACAGCUUAUUCUCCUCCUCCUAAUGAAGAGUGUUAUUUUAUGGCUGAUACAUCACCAUAUCUUUACUUACUAUUCUUUGUCAUUUGAAUAUGACUCAACUACAAUUGUGAAAAUGAAACUCUGUGUUUACAUUAACGCAUCCGAAUGUGACAUUAGCAGAUGUGACUAUAAAGUCAGUGCUUUGAACACUGCCAAAUUCUGCCUUGAUAUGAAGUAAUUCUACAGAAAAUAUAAAAAAGUCAACAUGCUGGAUCAAAGCCAUCAACACAGCAUGAUGUAUUUUGGUCCAAAUCAACACUGAAUAACUCAAGGGUAACAUCAAAAAAUGGGACAUGAACCUUAGUUAUAGAAUAUGUCUUUAUCAUUUUGUUGAUAGAAGAACAUCGCUUUGAGGUUCAUGUAUGAAACAUCUUUAAUUUACAGAGUAUUUGCUAUGUACUUUGUUGAGUAAAUGGCUUUUUUGGAAGAGGCUUCUUUAAUUUGUCCCUCUUCCAGCUGAGGCUUAACCACGGCAUUACAAAUAUGUUCUACUGAGAAAAUGGAACCUGAAUGCACAAUGAACAGUUGGCACAUCAAUCCAGUAACUCGGUGGACUGUGCCAGCUAUAUUUUAAGUGACAAGCUUGCCGUUAAUGUUGUAGAUGAUUUGAAUGUAUCAUGUAUUGUAGUUUUCAGAAGCAUGAACUUUCAUUUGUUGGAUCUAGUUCUUAUUUAUUAACUCCCCCCCCCAUAAACACUGCAGAUGAAGAUGUUCAUGAAACAUUGACCUCUAUAGAUUGCUAUUAAUACCAUAGUAAAAUGUCCAGUUAAUCCAAGAAAGAGACAAUGGCUGUGAACCAUACUGUAUUGUUUGAGGUCUUCUUACUUUUUUUUCCCUUUGAAUGGGUGGUUAGUUGCACAGUAUUAAAUGCAUUUAAAAGGCUGGUCUUUAUAUUUUUGGACUUCCAGAUGAAGAUUCAUGCUUAUAGAGACAGUGGGUAGAAUGAUACCAUUAUUAGACAGAGCCUUGACUUGAAACAUGAACAUGUUGUACUUCUUGUCUAAAUAAAUGUUGGCUGCUCAUUAAAUGCACCAAAAGUC